GGAGGAAAUGCGCUACGGAUUUUACCUGCGCGUAGCGGAAAGCUUUUUCCUGCUUGCGCACGGAAAGAACGCGGUCAAUCACGGCAACUGGAAAGAAACCAACCUUUUCGCGUCCGCAGUGGGGAAGACCGCCCGAAGCCUUGCCGGCGUCGCCGGCUCUUGGCAGGCACUCCCCGCCUACGUGCGAAAUUUGGUCGCAGCGACGUUUUCCGGGAACGAUUCUAACGGGCCUAUGUCAAGAACAGACGCGGACCACGACGCAAUGCUGCAAACCGCUCUCCGCAGCUCCUCAUCCGGCGCACCUGUUGUGCGCAGCGUCCAAAAGGAUUUCUUGCGCACUCGAUUUUUUGUCGAUAUCCUCGGGGCCCGGGACGCCUGGCUAAUGCGCAAAGACGGCGGAGCGAACAAAGAGAACGUGCAGCAGAUCGGUACCAUCGGUUUGAGCUCGGGGUUCGUGCGGUUCCAGCGCAGCGUCGUAAAUCCGAAGGAAUUCACCUACGAGCCGGGUUUGUUGGAGGCCUUGUACCCGAUGCAAAUGGUAACGGUUUCCAAACCAGACGUGACGACGGAGCGGUUUCUGGCAGAUCCCACCAGCCACCAAUUUCUCGAGGACCAGCUGACGUAUUGGAAACUCGCAGAAUUUUACGAGGCCGAGGACAAGCAGAAGAAAGCGGAUUUUUCGCAGAUGAAGAAAACCGACGCGGAUCAUAUGUAGUGAGGUCACCGAACGGUUCUAACCGGGGAGUUUUUUUGCCACCUACCGUGAAAAACGACCGGCAGUUUUCAAGCGGCCGGAAGGCUUUUUUGACAUAAAAAGUUUCCAAUUAUCAAGCGGCCGGGGCUUUGUUGUCAAAAAAGCCCGAGCCAAUUCUAUCGAUUCGCACUUGAUAAAACGACGCAGGGGAGCCGGCAAAAGGGGCGCCCUUCUGAGGCGCCCACCGCCUUGGCUUCUGGCGAUUUGGGGCGCCCAAAAAGGGGCGCGCAAAAAACGCGCCCAAAAUCAGAACAGCGAAACAGCAUGGCAGGGCCGCGAUUUCGGAGCAUUUUGGGCGGCCGCGAAAGCGGCCGCCUUUUCGCCGUUUUCGGAGCCUGGGAAGCUUUGCAAAAAGCGCUGGCGAGAAAUAUAAAAACGAAAAAAAGAAAAAGCGCGCCAGACGCGCAAAGCCAAUCCGCAUGCUAUGGGUCCGAUUUUCCCUCGCUUUUUGGGCGCCCCCCGUGGCGCCCGGAUCGGCCUCAUAGCAUGGGGGCUGGCUUUCGGAAAGGAAUUUCGAAAAUUUGCCAAAAUUUGCGACGCUUAUCAGGCGGCCGCCAUACCGUGGGGCCUAACGUUACUCACGGCGGUAUGGCGGGCCCAGAAAAAUCAAAGCCGCGACCAAGGCGGCGACCGGCAAGAAAACGCCCACGACCUCACUACCUCCGCCCCGGCGGCUAUAUUUGGUACUACCGCAGAAGAGCGGGAACACCAGAACGGAAAAAUAUCUGCGACCACUCCUACUCGCGGCACUCCCCAGAAAACUAUUCGCGUGCAACUCGUUCUGGAAGGCUUGGAAUUUCUUUUCCACACGCGCGAGCUGUUUGGCAAUAAUCUGAUGGACCGGAUCGAACUGAUUCAGUUCAUGUCCACGCAGGGAAAAGACAGUUUCCUCGCUUUGCCGGAGAUCUCGGACUACAAAAACACAGUAGUGCUGGACGACGAAAAGUUUGACGAGGAGCGAGAGACUUUUAUCGAACACAAGAAAACCCAGUUUGGCGAGCAGUACUUCGCCGCCGUCUUCGAGCCGCACCUGCCGACCAAUCGCGCCCGGUACUGGGGCUUUGGCGGUGCAAACGACUACCGGACCUGGGUCGUACGGAAGUGGAGUGACUUUUUCGACGUGGGCGCGCUGGAUAAAUUUUUGAAAUCACGGGGUGGUGGCGGCGUGUUGAUCAGGGACGUCGAUGGGGGUGGAAAGCAAAGCGGGGACGGCGAGUUUCAGAAGUAUAGCAGGGAUCAUGCUGCUGCGACGACCACAGAAGCAGCUACAGGAAACAAGAGACUCGACGCGUCGCGGACAUCAAGCGAGAAAAAUAAAUCGAAAGUUCGCCAUAUGGACGUGCUCGUGCUUGGCGAGGCACUUUCUCUUGAGCCCACAAAGUACGUCAUUAUGGGCCACGCAGAUAAGCGGGUGGGGAUUCUGCCUUGUGAAGACUCCAUGCUGCCCGUGAAAAUCAUAUUUUUCCGUACCACCUACUAUUUCCACCGCGGCGUCCGGUGCGUCAGGAACGAGAGUAAUCCGGCGUGGUUCGAUUUUCCCAGGCUGGAGAAAGUGCUGAAGGAGGAAAUUGACUUUGUUUACCAAGCGGAGCUUGCGCAGAAGACAAGGGAAAAAAGCUGGUUUGACGUCUUGAAAGCCACCGGACACUGGGAAAGAGACGUGGAGCCUCUAGUGAAUGCGAGGGGAAUAGACGAAAAGGAUGCUAAACUUCUCCCCGAUUUACUGGACACAUUGAAGUUUGAACAAGACGUGAAAUUUCACGACCGGGAAUACCUGGACGGACAGCCGCUGUUGCGCGUGGGCUACUACAUUCAACUUGGGGAAGCGCUAGAAAACGACAAAAUGAACUUGGGCAAGUACCAAAACUGGGGCCCCAACACCAUCUCGGCGACCAGUGCGUGGAGCGGGGUGCAGUUUUCGGCCGAAAUUGCGGCGCUUGGGAAGAGAAUUCUAGGAGCUCUGCGUGGGACAGGUACUACGGACAAUCUUGUAGACGGAGGAAAUCGAAACCGAAAGCCACUGUGGGUGAUUCACUGGCGCCGAGGGGACGGCGAGCUGGGGCCGACGGACGCCCGCGUGCAGCAAUUUCGGCAGGCUGCGCCCGAAAACUUGGCCCAACUGGUGCAGAAGACGGUGGUUUCGAAAUUUUUCGAAAAACACUUGUCGUACAACCAGCUUGAGAUAGUGCCACAAGUAAAGACAGAAUUCGUCCGAGGAGAAGAAAAAACGCUUCCAAGAGAAGUAGUAGAAACCGCUCCUUACAAGCAGGACCUGGAAAUAGUCGAAAACUUGUUUGAGUACAAGGAUAAAGCUCUGGACAGCGAGUUCGAGGAGAAUCCAGAGACAACUGAGACUAAUCCAGAAGUACGAAAGACCUAUCGAGACUUUUGUCCUAACUUCUUCAUCAUGACCAACGAGAUGGACAAAAAAGCACUCGACGAAGUGCGAAAGGGCUUCAGCCGACUCUUCCCAACCAGCGAGCUGCAUUUUCUAGGUGAUUUCACGAAAAUUUCCUCAGAAGAUGAGGCGGGGAGGAUAAGAAGUCCAAAUUCUGAAGCGAUAGAAUCUUCUUUGCCCCCCGACGAUAAAGAUUCUGAUAGUCUGCUUGCAACCGACCUGAAACGCUACCUGUCGCGCGGAGGUGUGUACGCGCUGCUGUUGGAAUUUUAUCUGGCCUGCCACGCCGACGCUUUUCUCGGGUACCAAGUCGGACUGUUUGAGGGUGGCGCGAGCGUGCCAAGCAUGUUGAUAAACCAACUACGCCUGCACCAGUGCGGCACGCCCCCAAGUCGUGGACUCUUCGGACCUCUGAAAGAAUAUGUGAAGCGGUACUCAUGACGGUGACUGGAUGACAUAGAAACUCGCAUAAAUGCAUUAUUUGCCCACAACUCAUCACGGGCAGCAGAAGCAGAACAACGCUCAUAGUCGGAUCUACACAAGCUCGGC